AUGGAUAAGAUAAAGUUCACGCCGUCAGCGCUCACCAGUUCCCGCGGUGCGCUGCACAUGCUGCAGGUGAUAAUGAGCGUGGUGACCUUCAUCGUGAGCGCCAUCCGGAGCCAGCCGUCUCACACCUACUGGAUCUACUGCAUGGUGAUCUGGGGUCUGUGCCCCCUGCUGACCCUCUUCAUCACCAUCAUCGAGACUCUGCUCAUCCACAAGCUCAUCCUCUACAUGUGCAUGGACUGGGACGACUUCACCACCGGCAUGGCCAUGAUGUCGUCGCUGACCACCUUCGCCUGCGCCGUGGUCUUCGGGAACUUCUACGCCCACAUCAGGAGCCCGUGGGGUCUGGCGGUGACCAUCCUGGCCUGCAUCACCUGCGUCCUGUACUGCAUCGAGACAUUCCGGGACAAGCGGGACUCCAGCCGGUCUGCCACCUACGUGGCAGCUCUGCCGGGGUUCCUGAAGGUCCUGGAGGCCUUCGUCAGCUGCAUCAUCUACGUCUCUCUGAUCGGCUACAGGGGGAGGCCGGCGCUGUACGUCUGCAUCGUGGCCUACGUCAUCCCGUUCCCCAUCAUCCCCGUCAUCAUCGUCACCAACAUCUUCACCAAGCUGAAGAGCUGCCUCCCCUUCAACAUCGACCGGCUGGUCCUGAUCUUCCUCAUCGUCUCGGUGCUGCUCUACGUCCUCGCCGCCGUCCUCUGGCCCGUCUACAGCUUCCGGGACAACCCCCGGCCCAAACACUGCCCCGGGAACAGCUGCAUCUGGAGCAUCCAGUUCACCGUCACCUUCUUCACCUACCUGAACCUGCUCUUCUUCAUCCUCGACCUCGUCUUCACCUGCCUCGGACUCUGCGGCUUCAAGAAGCCCUAGAACACGCAGCCAGUAUGAGGCUCUAAUAACGAUCAUAUCCAGUAUGAAGCUCAAAUAACGAUCAUAUCCAGUAUGAAGCUCAAAUAACGAUCAUAUCCAGUUCUAAUAACAUUUCCUGUACAAACUUCUAAUAAUAUUGAUAACCAGGGUGAAUUUCUAAUUGCAUUCCUAUUUAGAAUGAACUUCUAAU